GUCAGCUUUGGAAUACCUCCAGAACGUGCCCAUCAUCCACGGAGAUUUGAAGCCAGAGAAUGUGCUGCUGGAGGGCGUGGCUCGGCCUUCUCUGCUGGGCGACAGGGUACCUCACUUCAAGUUGAUCGACUUCGGUGGGGCCAACCAGGGUGAGUGGCUCGCGGAGGACGUCACUGUCCAGACACUACCCUACCGAGCGCCAGAGGUGUUGCUUGGAUCGCCGGUCGGCUGCGCGGCCGACAUGUGGAGCCUCGGGUGCAUCUGCGCGGAGCUCUUCGUAGGCCUCCCUCUUUUCCCGCACUCCAGCGACAAGGACGGUAUCCUCAAGGGCAUGAUCCACUUUUUCGGAGAGCCUCCGCCGCAGAUGUUACAGGUGGGCUCUCGGACGCAGGAGUUCUACGACCGCGUCGAGGAGCAGCAGACUCCGGCUGUGGCAGAGGAAUCAGAGGAGACCAUUCCUCCGGAUUCUUUGCGCUGGUUCUGGAGGCUCCGACUGUUGCGUGGAAUGUGUACCCGGCGGAGGUCGAGAGCUCAGCCUCGCGUGGUCUUUCGCCUUAGGUCGCGGCGUUGCGACCCAGAGGGCAACGAGGCCAUCACCUCCUUGUACAGGAGCUUUCGGGAGCGGCGCUACGACACCCUCCCGCGCCGUUUGGCAGCCGGCGUUCCCAAGCGCUUGGCCGAAGCUCAGCAGAAGGAGCAACUUCGGAUCCGCUGGUCUUUCUACUGGCUUGUCCGGAAGAUGCUGAUCCUGGAUCCAG